AUGACUUCUAAAAUGGUUGUUCGGCAACCUCAGCCGAUGAUGUAUACCCAAGAGUCUGAUGAGUGGUCAAGUGGGAUCUGUGACUGCUGUCAAGAUGUGCCAGGGUGCUGUUUUGCUUUCUGGUGCUUGCCCUGCUUUGCCUGCAUAACUUCAAGAGAUUAUGGUGAGCCUCUCUGUCUCCCCCUGCUGGAGAUUUUCAGUGGUUGUGUCCCGGCAAUCACCAUGUCCAUGAGGGUCAACAUGCGACAGCGCUAUCGCAUCAGGGGCACCAUGUGUCGGGAUUGUGCGCUUUCGACUUUCUGUUGCGCCUGCAGCUGGUGUCAGAUGUCCAGAGAAAUGAAGAGUAGGAAUGUUUCAGUUGUUAUGGUCGGUGCCAAAAACACAUAA